AUGGAUGUCCGCGCAUGGCUCCAGAACACAGCCGAUAGGGAGCCGCCGGACGAGGAAGACAGGGCAGGCUUUCCAGACUACCUGCGACCAGACCGCUACACUGCAGAAGGGCACACGCUUGUGCACCAGAGCAAGAGGAAGCGCGCAUCGAGUGAACCACAUUCUGCGCAGAAGCGUCCCUCGCGAGGACGACGUGGCGGUCAAGCACGACCAGCAGCACCCGAUUCCAGCCCCGGCCAUGGCCCAGAGCCACGUACCGACACCGCAAGCUCCAGCAGCUCUUCAAGGGAGGAACGCAGAGAGUCGUCACCCGAUCGUAGGUUCAACCGAACGUUCGAGCGACGUGCGCGACACAAGACGAAAGAGGACCGCUACGAGCCGAAGGCCAAGAAAUGGAGGAAGGAGCACGAGUCGCGCAAGGACCACAAGUCGAAGUCGAAGUCCAAGCGUCGACAGUCGCAUCGUAGUGGAGAUGGCGCGCGUACGGCAGGUCUGGUGACAAGCUUCCAGCUGAAGGACCGGCCCAAGAAUAAUCGCUUGACGCUGCGUCCAGCGGAUGUCAGCGCUGGCAUCUUCAAGCAUGGGAGAGCAGGCGCGCCUGUUGUUGGAAAAGGGUCUGGACUUCCCGACCUGGUGUUCAACGAAAUGAGGUUCCUUCGACGGCCGAGGGAACAUCAAGACGAGAUUCCGGUAGAUCAGACUACGAAGGAUUGCAGUGGAAAGGCAGACAAGCAGCCCGGACAGAACAUCUCUGCCUACUUCGCGAAGCCACCACCCGAAGCACCACGGUCGCGCCAGCAACAGCAAACAGUCCCAGCACUCGAUAGGAUACCACAUCAACGGUCGCAGGAAGUCGAAAAGGCAGCUGAUGAGGUCCCACGUAGGCAGGAACGCAGGAAUGAAGCAGCGGGAAAUCUUCCACCCGAUCCGUUCUUGGGUUUUGGCAGCCGCGGCCCCAACCAAGAAGUGAGCAAUGGCAUCCGAAGAAGUGGCAGUUGCUACACCUGGUCAGAGUCUGUGCCUCCUGCGAAAGAGGACGCUGUGCAGACGAGGAUACCAAUGGCAGAAAGCGCUAGACAUCCGGCCGAUCAAGACGACUUCAGGAGGCCGUACUCACCGAAACAUGUCGAUGGCAACCCGAGAAGCUCAGCCAGAAGACGACCACCAUCCGCACUGCGAGGACGUUGGGUGCAUAGCAAGCGAGCUCCAGGCUCAGCCUCGGUGGAUGUUUAUCAGCAGGCUGUGUGUACCCAGAAUGUGCAUCGUGGCGAUGGCUUGCCCGCGAGGAAGCAAUCCUCUAUGUCCUUGCCUCAUUCUGUUCCGGAACCACCGCUUGAGAGUGCCUAUAGCGCCAAUCGAAGGCAUGCAACGGGCAAUUGUCCCAGAUCUGAUAUCCUGCGAAUUGGAGACGACCAUCAAGACGAUAUCGGUCGUCCAGCAUUGCACCACCAAGACAUGUUUUCCGACAUCAUCAGUGGCAAGGAGAAUCAGGAGCCGUCUACUUCGACCCCAACCAGCAAAUUGCUCAGGCGCGCGUUCCAUGCCAUUACCGGUCCGCAGGCCAUAAAGCCAAGCAACACACAUGGAGGUGGCCAGGGCGAACUCCAAAGACCUGAUCGCAGUCCUUACCUGGCACAACCUAGCGACGGAGCUCUAUACCAGAAGAGGCAUAUGGACGCGGAGUACGAGCAAGAAUUGGACCAGCGGCGAAAGCAGCAGAUUUGCAGCAUGCCGGAGAGAGGAUUUAGCAGAUUGACUGAGACUUCUCGUCCUAAGCAACAGCAGUCAAUGGCAAGGCCGACUACACUCACUGGUAAUGUCAUGCCUACGACUACAUUACUGUCACGCGCCUUCCAUGAGAUUUCAACACGUUGCGAAGUGGCUCCUGAUGCUGAGAUGCUGGACAAUGUUCCGACCUAUCAGCCAGUUCCGCUGGGACGGCAGUACACUUUCACGAACAGUCGUCAGGCGGAAGAUCUUGUUCGACGUCUUACUUCGAACCAACAGACGAAUCAUUUUGCAUCUCGAGAAGCAGGAACAGGUGAUAUAGUGACUCGGCAGGAUCACUUCAGUCAUCAGGAAGCGGACAGCGACGGAGUGGCACAUCUUCGUACAAAUUCCGAAGUUGCACACUUAUCGACAGGGCAUCUCUAUAGCCAAGUGUGGUCCAACAACGAUGCAACGGAUACUACCCCAGACCCAGGUGGAGGUGAAGUGCAGCACGACAGUAUGCCUGGCUUUUGGAAGCCGAACAGACUGUAUUGA